UUUAUCAAAAUGGCGACUAACAUUAACAAGUCGAAGGAACAAAUUGUUGCUGGUUUUCAGGAAUUAAGACAGCAACAGAGAGCCAUAGCAACAAAAAUAUCGGAAUUAGAAAUGGAUAUGAAAGAACACGAGUUGGUUAUAGAGACAUUGAAAGACGUAGACCCGGAUAGGAAGUGCUUUAGAAUGGUUGGGGGUGUCUUAGUUGAGAGGACGGUCAAAGAUGUUCUGCCAGCCUUAGUAAACAACAAGGAACAGAUGGGUAAACUUGUAGAAUCAUUAUCAAAACAACUAGAAACUAAGGGAAGUGAGAUCAACAAAUUCAGAACAAAGUAUAAUCUAAAGAUAAAGGGAGAGGAAUCCAAGGAGAUGGAGAAAUCCAGUAAAGACGUGAAAACGGGGGGUGUUCUAGUGGCCAAGGAGAGUUAGCAAAGGGACACAACUCUAGGAUGGAAUGCUUCUGGUAUAACUGCAUAGUGUUCUGUUAUUUCUACAUCAGUGUAACACUGUAAAGAACUUCAACAAGACAUAAGUGCUGGUUGUAUUCAUGAAAACAAUGACAUUGAUCAGAAUGUAAAUUUAAUCUCUCUUCACUUAAAAAUGUUCAUAUAAUUUUUCAUCUUUUGUUUAAUGGUGUUCAAAAAGACUGCACAUAUCUGUUCCAAGAGAUUAGCACUUGUAAUUCAGUGAAUGUGUUCCUGAUUAACUUACCUGUAAUUAGGUAGAUAAUGUACACUUUUUAUGUUGUCAUUUUUUAUUUUUUGACAGAGUGAUACCUGUAUAUAUUUAAUACUUAAUUAUAGGGAGAAGAAGAAAAGCUUCAUGUUCUAACUUUUUGGAUGGCCUUUUUUUUUUUUUUUUUGUAAAACCUCAUGUUAAAAAAUUUAUUCUUGUUUUAAGGAAUAAAGAAUGACAUGUUGUUUUUGUAAUGUUUCUAAUUUGUUCUGUACUUGCUCAAGAAAAGAAAAUAAGGAAAUAUGCUAAUUAUUAAAAGAUAACUCCAUGUGAAUUUUAGGAAUUUUAUUUUAAUACAUUGUAGCUAAUGUGCUCCGUUUACAAAUAAACCCUGUAUCUACAAA